AUGGCUUUAAGGCGUAUCAAUAAGGAGCUCGAGGAGCUCAGUCGUGACCCUCCAGCGAACUGCUCUGCUGGCCCGAUAGGUGAUGAUAUGUUCCACUGGCAAGCAACUAUCAUGGGCCCUAAGGAUUCUCCUUAUGAAGGAGGUGUAUUCUUCCUCAACAUCACCUUCCCCAGUGACUAUCCCUUCAAGCCACCAAAGUGUCACUUCACUACGAAAAUAUAUCACUGCAAUAUCAGUGCUAAUGGUUCCAUCUGUCUCGAUAUCCUCAAGGACCAAUGGAGUCCAGCACUAACUAUAUCCAAGGUUCUGUUGUCGAUCUCCUCAUUGCUUACUGAUCCUAAUCCUGAUGAUCCGUUUGUUCCCGAGAUUGCCCACAUGUUGAAGACCAAUCGGGCUAAACAUGAUGAGAUCGCCAGGGAAUGGACGCAGAAGUAUGCCAUGUGA